AUGGCGCCAUUAAUGUUCUCCUUCAGAUUUCUGUUCUUCCUUUCUCCCGUUUUGUUCCUCAUGAUCAGCACUCAAUCUAUAACCCCAUGGUGUUACAACGAUAAAGGCAACUACACCACCAACAGUACAUACCAGACAAACCUCAACACCCUUCUCUCUUCUCUUUUUUCCCCCUCCAACAACGGUAAUGGCUACGGCUUCUACAACUCAUCCUACGGGGAAAACCCCGACCAGGUUUACGCAAUCGGGCUAUGUCGAGGGGAUGUCACGGUGGACAUUUGCCGUGGCUGCCUCAGCAAAGGCACACAACAGCUCACACAGGUCUGUCCCAAUCAAAAGGAAGCUUUCGGCAUAUUUGACCUGUGCACGCUUCGCUACGCCAACCGCUCCAUCUACGGAGCCAUUGAAACUUUCCCUGCUUUCCGGUGGUAUAACGUACAGAACGUGUCCAACGUCGACGGGUUUUUUCAAGAGCUGAGGACGCUACUGGAUGACCUAAGGGGUCAAGCUGCAGGGAACGGUUCACUUCGAAAAUUUGCGGUAGGGACCGCAACCGCUCCCAACUUCCAAACAAUCUAUGGACUUGCGCAGUGUAGGCCGGAUUUGACCGAGCAGAACUGCAGUUAUUGCUUGGGUAGUUCUAUGGCAGAUAUCCCAGAAUAUUUUCCGGGGAAGGAAGGUGGUCGUAUUAGUAAACCCAGCUGUGAUCUUAGGUAUGAGAUCUAUCCCAUCGUUGACCCUACAACUGUCCGACCAUUGCCGUCUUCUCCACCUCCACUGUCUAGUCCUCCUCCCCCGUCAACCAGUACAGGAGUUGAUGUAGUUGUCUCGUGUAAAAGUUGA